AAAAGACAUCAGUUUGCAUUUCUUUUUCCGAAGCCUCCGCGCCGUCGUCUACGUGUGUUGCAAAACACGGCAAUGUCGGAGGCGCAGGCGCGGGCGUUGCUCACGCAAGCGGAGAGGCACAAUGACGAGGAGGAGAGCAAAGAGGCGGAGGCCAAGGCUGAGGAGGCUUUGAGAUAUCUUAGAAGCACGCCCGAGGCGAUCCCAGGCCCGGCCGAUGCGGUGCGGAUCUUGGCUCUCGUGAGCUCCUCCAGGGGCGAGCGAAAGGCCGCGCUGCAGCGCAUCGCCGCCGAGAGGGCGCUGCUGAAAAGCCCACGGGCGCAGGCCGUUUUGACCUUAGCCUUUGCCGAGAUUGCCAACUCCCGAUGCGGCAGCAAGCGUCGCGAGGAGGCGCUGAAGGCCGCGCUGGAGGCCGUCGAAGCCUUCCGCAGCCUUGGGGAACAACGGAUGGAGGGGUGGGCCUUGGUCGCGCUGGCUCAUACGCACGUGCAAAGAGGCACCAAGAGUGAGAUCCCAGAAGAACUGGACCGCGCCUUGGACGCUGCCAGCCAAGCAGAAGAGCUGCUGCGCGCGGUGGGCGACCGGGUAGGUGAAGGGAAGGCCUUGCAUACCAUUGCUGUGGCGCUCUCCUUCCAAAAUGAGGUGGACGAGGCGGUGGCGCGCUCGUGGGAGCUGGUCUCCUACUGGCGAGACCUGGGCUAUCGACGCCUCGAGGCUUUCCAGCAGGAGUGUGUCAGCGAAUGGGAGCUGGCACGCCAUCGGCCUGAGGAGGCUUUAGAGGCAGCGCAAGCAGCCUUGGAGCAGAAGGCGCUACGCGAGGCGCAGGAGACGGCCGACGUUCGCAUGCCGUCGCGGUCGGCGGCGGCGCUGAUCCACGCGUCCAACGCAUAUCUGACCAUGGGAAUGACCGAAGAGGCACUGAAGCUGUCGAAAGAGAGGCUGGAGGUCUUCCAGAAGAAUGCUGAUUUUGAAAGCAAAGUCGUAGCGCAAUCCUCCAUCGUCUCAGUCUACGUGAACUCCGACCGACUUCAGGAGGCCGCGGAUGUGGCCGAAGAGACGCUCCGGAAGAUCCGGAAGCGCAGCUCGACGCGGCUUCUGAAAUGUUGGGAAAGUGAUUUGCUGCAGACCCUGGCGAAGAUCUACCUGAAAGCCGAGGAUGCCGAACGAGCGGAGCACACCAUCGACCAAGCCAUGAAAUUGGCGGACGAGCAGAAGGACCGGAAGUCCCUGGCUGCGUGCUACUUGCUCCAGUCUGAGCUGGCGCUCCUGAAGAAGGAGAACCGACUGGGCCUAAAGGCGGCCAUGAAGUCCAGGGACCUGUCGCGGAAGACCGGCACCAAGAAGGGCGAGGCUUCAGCCUUGCUGCAGCUGUGCUCGGCCUAUUGUGCGCGAGGGGAACUGAAGCGAGGCGCCGCAGUGACGGUGGAAGCCCAGCGGAUCUUCAAUUCCGUGGCCGACCGCGAAGGGGAGGCGGAUGCCUUGCGGAUGCAGGCAGAGGUUAGGAUGCAUUUGAAUGACUUCACCCGCGCGAUCGCCGCCUCCCGGAGGUGCCGCGAGCUUCAGAGGGAGAUGGGAGAUCGCAAAAGUGAAGCGUGGGCGUGUAUCCAGCUAGCGCAGACUCUGCUCUCGGCAGCCUCUGAAGAAGAAAAGCAGGAGAUGGAUCGACGGGCCAAAGCCAAGGAGGAGAAGGCCAAGAACGAGGGCAAGGUCCUGGAGGAAAAGGCUGAAACCGAUUGGUUCCAAGCAGAGACCCAGGUGGCUGAAGAAGACGAGGAACGACCCGCGCGGGCCGCUUUCGAGCGUGCCUUGCAAUCUGCGAAAGAUGCGCUCCAUAUCUCAAGGCCCUUGGAGGACGAUCAACUCCUCGUUCGAGCCCUGUUGUCGCUGGCCACCGCGCACAUGAUGUCGCUGGAGCCGGAGGACUCGCACAAGUGCAUUGAUGAAGGCAUGCCGCUGGCACAGACGGUCAGCGAUAGCUCCGCAGAAGGGCAUUUCUUCCUGCUGAAAGCUCAACUUGCGGAAUUCGACGGCGCCAAAGGAUAUCCUCAGGCCAAAGAGUUUGCCAACGAGGCCUUGAAGCUCUUCCAGAUGCAGCAUGACGAGUCUGGCGAAGCCGCUGUGGAAGCCAUCUUGAAGAGGAUCACCCCGAAGACCGUGGGCGUUCGCCCCACCAACACCGGCGGUGUGAGCUACUUCGCCGGCGAGGGCGAGGAAAUGGAAGAGUAUUGGGAGGAAGAAGUCUACGAAGAGAUCGUGGGAGGAGGUCCUGUGGCCGGUGGGCAGGGUCAAGUUCAGCCCUACAGUGGGCCCACCAAAGAGGAGGUGGUGUCCGUGGUCAGUGAUGUGGCUUUGGGCCUCAUCGGAGUUGAGUCUCUCGACAACGAUGAACCUCUCAUGGAUGCUGGCUUAGACAGUCUCGCAGCCGUGGAGUUUGGGAACACACUGGCGAGAGAGUUUUCAGGCAUUGCCUUGCCUUCGACCAUGAUGUUCGACUUCCCCUCGGUAAAGCUCUUGUCGGAGUUCAUUGAGAGCAGCAUGCGCGAGAACCACGAAAAGGCACAAGCAAGCCUCCAGAAUGCUCCCAGCGGCGCCGGAGCAGGACAAGUGGUGAAGCGCACCCGUAUGGUGAAGAAGUUCCGCCCCAAGCCACGGGCGGCGCGGCAGGCGCCGCCACGGCAGAUGCAGUUUAACCAGGUCGCCGAGCCAAUCCAGAUUGUGCAGCCCAUGAUGCAGGGCGGCACGAUGGGUGGAGCUCCAGCGGCGAGCCAGCAGCUGGCGAGCGGGCCAGGGCCAUACAAAGGCCCGUCGGUGAACGAGAUCGAGGAGGUCGUCAAGGACACGGCGCUUUCGCUGAUCGGUGUGGAGACCUUGGCGAAUGACGAGCCAUUGAUGGAUGCCGGCUUGGACUCCCUGGCAGCCGUGGAGUUCGCCAACGCCAUCUCCAAGGACUUUGUUGGACUGCAGAUGCCUGGGACGCUGAUGUUCGAUUACCCCUCAGUGAAGACCUUGACUCAGUUUAUCGACGCGGGGCUGAGGGAAGCCCACGAGCAGUCCCAAUAAGACGCGAGAGCUGUGCUCACUUCAUGCCACGCACGACCGCACAAGG